AUGAGUUCGGAAAAAUGGUCACCGGACUACGAGAACUACGACGAUGGGCCUUCGCUCAUUAGAACGAGUAUAGCAAUGACCAUCCUGGCUACGUUGUUCGUUGGCUUACGGCUUUGGGCGAGGCGCAUCAGAAAGCUUAAACUCGCACUGGACGACUUUCUGAUAUUGAUAUCUCUGCCUUUCCUUUAUGCAUUGCUAGCUUUCGAUAUUAUAGCUGCUGUCCAUGGAGGCGUUGGGAGACACUUGGAUGUGAAUAUGUCAAUCGACGAUGGCCGGCUUGGCCGCUCCAUGAUGUAUCUGUUCAUUGUCGAAUUCAUUUACGGUACUAUGAUCACGUUAAUCAAGGUCUCGAUCUUGUCGCUCUAUUUUCGAACGUUUGCAACCGCCUUCGUUAAACGAGCGUGCUAUGUCCUAGGGGCCAUGGCCCUAGCAUGGUGGCUUGCAGUGGUUCUUAUUGCAUUUUUCCAGUGCCGACCUAUGGCCAAAAUUUGGUCGCCAUUAAUGGUGGACGGAGCUUGCAUCGAUGUCAACCAGUACUUCCUUGGAAAUUCUAUCUCGAAUAUCAUAAUCGACGUCUUGAUUUUAACGUUGCCUAUCAUUACCGUAUCGAAGCUGCAGAUGAAACCCUUACUGAAGAUUAGUAUCAUCAGCAUCUUUCUCCUUGGUAGUUUUGUGAUCAUCACUAGCGGCAUCCGAUUACAGAUGGUGGUCAAUCUGAGUAAGGGAGGCCCAGAAGCGGAUUAUACUUUUCUCAUCGCGGGAUGCUGGAUCUGGACACAUGUCGAGGUGUCGACGGCGAUGAUCUGUGCAUGCCUACCAACAAUGAGACCGCUAGCCUUUUUAAUUUUUGAUAACUUGGUAACGACCAAGACCGAGGAGAAGAGCGAACUAGUUACAAUUAGAACAUUCGGCGGCGGUUCGGCGCGGGGUGUAUACUCAAAGCAACCAAAUAGGGUUAACGGUGGCGCAUUUAAACGACUUGACGGUACAGAAUUGGGUGAAACUACUUGA